AUGUCGGAUAUCCCUGCCGAACGGGGACAGCCGAGGACUGUCGAUGAGCAGGAUGAGAACCGCCUGGCUCAGUUUGGCUACAAGCAAGAGCUCCGUCGCGACUGGGGAUUGGCGCAUAACUUUGGCGUUUCAUUCUCCAUCAUCAGCGUCAUCACUGGUCUCACCACUCUCUUCUCCUAUGGGGGAGGCCCGUACUUCUGGGCGGCCUUGCUGGCCCCGGCGCGUUGGUCUCCAUUCGCGGCUUGGGUGACUGGCUGGUUCAAUCUGCUGGGUCAAGUUGCCGUCACCACGGGUAUCUCGUUUGGUUGCGCCGGGCUGAUUGCGACGAUCGCCACAGUCAAGAACCCCGACUAUGUGCCGACGCCGGCUAAGACUAUUGGUAUCUAUGCAGCCGUACUUGUGUCUCACGGCCUCAUCAACACCUUUGGAGUCCAUGUCCUGCGGUACUUGAACAACUCGUCCAUCAUCCUGCACUCGGCGGGCAUUACUGCGCUGUGUGUCGCGAUUCUGGCCAAGGCGCCCACACACCAGCCGGCAAAGUUUGUGUUUGGGACCUUCCACGAUGGUACUGGCGCAGACGGAAGUGAUGGCUGGAGCAUUCGUGCAAGCCCUGCCUACGUUGUCAUGUGCGGCGCCCUGAUGUCUCAAUAUACUUUGACUGGAUUCGACGCAUCUGCCCAUCUUAGCGAAGAGACCAAGAAGGCGAGUUGGAGCGCGCCGAUUGGCGUGGUCUCGAGCGUCGGCUUCAGUGCGCUCUUCGGCUUCUUCGUCCUGAUGGCCAUGCUGUUUUCGAUACAGAACUUUGAGGGGACGCUCAACUCGACCUAUCAACAGCCCGUGUUGCAGAUUCUCGUUGAUGUCUUUGGAGAAGAUGGCGCAUUGGCGUUGUUUACGUUGAUCAUUGUCUGUACUUGGCAUUGCGGACUCUUCUCGCUCACCUCGAAUAGCCGCAUGAUGUUUGCUUUCGCUCGUGACGGUGGUAUUCACCCUUUCUUCCACAAGGUCGAUGCGAGAUUUCGGUCUCCCAUCCGGGCCGUCUGGCUCGGUGCAACUCUCUCAUUCAUUCUAGCUCUGCCGUCUCUCGGAUCCUCGGUUGCAUUUGCGGCGGCUACGUCUAUUGCGACCAUUGGCCUCUACAUCUCGUACGGCCUACCUAUUCUCAUCGGAAUGAUCUGGCACAAGUCGUUUGUCAACAUGAAGGGGCCUUUCAACUUGCGCAUGCUCUCUCGCCCCAUCGCCGCGGCUGCUUGUACGUGGAUUGCUCUCAUUGUCGUCGUCUUCUGCCUGCCAGCGCAGAACCCGGUGACCGACCAGACACUCAACUACACGGUAGUGGCGGUGGGCAUUAUUGCUGUUGGGUCCGUCGGCACCUGGGUGGUCUGGGCGCACAAGUGGUUCACUGGGCCGGCAGCCGAAGUCAUGGAAGCAAUGAGGGCGGGCAUUGAUGCGAGCGAACCUGGGGCUUUGGAACGCAAGGAGGACGAAGCACGGACAGCCGGCCGGGAGAAGACUGUACUGAGCGACAGCCAGUGA